CGGGGGGUGUGUCGGGAGCGAGCGCGCAUGUGAGGAGUGCGGGGCGGGAGGCAGCGAGCCCGCCUCGUCCUCCCUUUCUCCGAGCAUCCUCCGCGAUGCCAUCCUGGAGGUGAUACAGGCGCAGCAGCAUCCAUGGCCUGCCCCUAGCCGCGGCAUUCCCGGCUCUUCCUCCUCCUCCUCCUCAUCCUCCCCGCCGCCCGGGAAGCGCCGAGGCCGAGCUGAGAGGGACCCGCGUUCUCCUGUGGUUUUUUCUUUCCAGGCUCCUCGGGGAUUGAGGAAUGCAAUUCUGCCACCAUGAUGGAAGGACUGAAAAAACGCACCAGGAAGGCCUUUGGGAUACGCAAGAAAGAAAAGGACACUGACUCCACAGGCUCACCAGACAGGGAUGGCAUCAAGAAAACCAACGGAGCCCCGAAUGGAUUUUACGCGGAGAUCGACUGGGACAGAUACAACUCCCCGGAGCUGGAUGAGGAGGGAUACAGCAUCCGACCCGAGGAACCGGGAGCUACCAAAGGAAAGCACUUCUACUCCUCCAGCGAGUCCGAGGAGGAGGAGGAGGCGCACAAGAAGUUCAACAUCAAGAUCAAGCCCCUGCAGGCCAAGGACGUCCUGCGCAGCGCCGCCACCGUGGACGAGCUCAAGGCCUCCGUAGGCAACAUCGCGCUUUCUCCAUCCCCCGUGAGGAAAAGUCCGCGGCGCAGCCCGGGGACGAUUAAAAGGAAUUUAUCCAGUGAGGAGAUCACGCGGCCCCGGCGCUCCACGCCCACGCCAGACCCCGCCAGCAAGAAACCCAGCGAGGAUCCUGCGGCGCUGGCCCCGCUCUUCGGGCCCCCGCUGGAGUCGGCCUUCGAGGAGCACAAGUUGGAUGCUGCUCUGGACCAGCCCGAGAUCUGGGGGUCGGUCCAGCCCGCCAACACAAACGUAGAGUCCCCAAAACUUCCGAGACCUUUUCCAACUGGAACCCCUCCGCCGCUCCCCCCGAAGAACAUCCCGGCCACGCCGCCGCGCACCGGCUCCCCCCUGCCCCCGGCCAUCGGUUCCUCGUCCCCGGCUCGUCCCGGAACGCCGCUGGCCACGUGUGGCACCCCACCACCGCCACCGCCCCGACCCCCGUCCCGGCCCAAGCUGCCCCCUGGCAAACCCCCCGUCAGCGAUGUGUCCAGGCCUUUUAGCCCUCCCAUCCACUCCUCCAGCCCUCCUCCGAUAGCACCUUUAGCCCGUGCUGAAAGUACUUCUUCCAUCUCUUCCACCAAUUCCCUGAGCGCAGCCACCACUCCCACCGUCGAGGAUGAUGCUUUUAUUGACAAACUGCCCGCGUUUGAAAGGCGCAGUGAAACGCCGGCAGGCUCAUCACGAGGCCCCAGCCCCCUGACCAUGGGGGCACAGGACACGCUGCCCGUGGCCGCGGCCUUCACCGAAACCGUCAACGCCUACUUCAAAGGCGCUGACCCCAACAAGUGCAUCGUGAAGAUCACGGGGGAGAUGGUGCUGUCCUUCCCGGCGGGCAUCACCCGACACUUUGCCAACAACCCCGCUCCGGCCGUGCUCACCUUCCGCGUGCUCAACUUCAACAGGCUGGAGCACGUCCUGCCAAACCCCCAGCUCCUCUGCUGUGACAACGUGCAGAGCGACUCCAACUCCAAGGAGUUCUGGGUCAACAUGCCAAAUCUGAUGACUCACCUAAAGAAGGUAUCGGAACAGAAACCUCAAGCCACCUAUUACAAUGUGGAUAUGCUCAAAUACCAGGUAUCUGCCCAGGGUAUUCAGUCUACUCCAUUAAACCUUGCAGUGAGCUGGCGCUGUGACCCUGCAAGCACUGACCUGCGCAUCGACUACAAAUACAAUACAGAGGCAAUGACCACACCGGUAGCUCUAAACAACGUCCAGUUCCUCGUCCCCGUCGACGGAGGAGUAACCAAACUUCAAGCUGUGCUUCCUCCUGCUGUCUGGAAUGCCGAACAGCAAAGGAUAUUGUGGAAGAUCCCCGAUAUCUCCCAGAAGUCAGAAAACGGAGGUGUGGGGUCGCUGCUGGCGCGGUUCCAGCUGUCGGAGGGGCCCAGUUCGCCGGCCCCGCUGGCCGUGCAGUUCACCAGCGAGGGCAGCACCUUGUCCAGCUGUGACAUCGAGCUGGUGGGCGCCGGCUACCGCUUCUCCCUCAUCAAGAAGAGGUUCGCGGCAGGUAAAUAUUUGGCGGAUAACUGAUGGAAGCUUAUGCAAGUCUAUGGAAAAUACUAUGGAAAAUACCCAAGGACUGCUGUGCGUGGAACGGGUUUUAAUUACAGUUUAAGGAAAAUGAACUAAAUCCUGCACUUGGGACAUUUCUGUUGGAAGUGUCGACAACUUUCAGCGUUUUUUUUCCUUGGAAAACACCGUCUUGACCAGUCCUCCAGUAUUUACUUCUAGAUGUAACAUUGUUAAUGGUUUUAAAAUGUAAUUAUUGUAUUUGUAAAUUGUACUCAUUCCAGUAAGGCUGUAUUUUGGCAGUUAGACACUUGAGUUUUAGCAUUUUCCCAUUCAUGAAAUGGAUGUAAUUUAAACUGUGGUAUAUAAAUCUAAUAGUAGUACUGUUGAAUGGCACAAUGCUUACAGAGGUAGAUUGCAUUUUGUCAAUAUAUACAAUUUAAAUACGAUACCGGUAGCUGUUAUGAAGGGGGUGCCUCAGCAAAAGAGAGUUCAGUAGAGCCCACAGGCUGAUUUAAUUUUCCUUCAGUCCUUAGUACGUCUCACAGCGAUCAAUAAAAAGCUCAACCUUCAGGUUCA